CUUGCUGUGACGUCUGAUUUGUCAGAGUGGCCUUUUUUUUUGUCUUGAAUGGAGUUCAGUAGAUGAAGUUCUCUUCUAAUAGACAGCUACAUCCUGCCUCAGGCAGCCACAGAGCAGCUGGACAAAGAUCCGGUGAAUCACCUACUAUAAAGCCUCUCACCAUGGAUCACUCCCCCUCUAUGAAUCUGUCAGUGGUGGAUGGAGACGAGGUGGAGGACCAGCGACCCCUCCUUCCGCCGAGGACAAUCCCUCAGCCUCAAGCCUGCUCCCCACAUUGUGGGAUACACCAAAACAUCCAAACAUCAGCCGAUCAGACUGUGUGGAUAGACAGGACCCAGGCCAUGGCCACCACACCUUUGUACAAUGGGCACCUUUAUGUCACCCCUUCACCUCACUCCAAAAGGAGGGGAGACAAAGGCAAAGAGAAGAAAUGUGAGAAAAGGUCAGGGGGGAGUAGACAAAACCAAGCACAAAGGGAGCGUAACCACCAGUGCAAAGCCAGAAAUGCAGGCGCUCACAGACUCCAGGAGAAAGUCACCUCUUUCACUGACGUCCCCAUUUCUUCCUGCAGUUCCCCCUUUAAGAGCCCCUGCAGGUCACACUUGGACAUCAAGGAUGUCGAGGGCAGAGGGCGGCGCAAGUCAGGGAACGUCUCUUUGGAGAUGCAUGAACACCAGAGUCUCCCUGAGAUCAUCAUCACCAGCAAAGAUGAUGACCUUCAGCCACAUAAUGAGGCGCCACAGUAUCGCCAGGACCUGUCUGAGGCCAAAGGCAUGCUGCCCGGAGCCGGGCAUCCAAGUCUGAGCCAUUCUUCAGGUCCCCUGCCCAACCCAAAAGAUAAAGACGAUGACAAGGACGACACAUACUGGAAGACACACAACAUCGGCUGGCGGCUGGUCCACAGGAGGGCUCUGUUUUUGAGGAGGCAGAGGCUGAAUGACUGUGCCCUGGCUGUUGGGAUAUUUGGGGUGGUGAUGAUGGUGAUGGAGACAGAACUCUCCUGGAGCGUCUACAGCAAGAGCUCCAUCUACUCCCUCGCACUCAAGUCCGUGAUCAGUUUCUCUACGAUCAUCCUGCUGGGCCUCAUCAUAGCAUACCACUGCUGUGAGGUCCAGCUGUACGCUCACGACAUCGGUGCCGAGGAUUGGCGCAUUGCCCUGACCACCGACCGUGUGGCCCUGGUCGCCCUGGAGCUGGCAACGGUGGCCAUCCACCCCUAUCCAGUGGGGCUGCUGGAGUACUUCCAGCAGACCUUCCGUCACACCAAAAGCCGCCUGUCGCUGUCGGAGACGGAGCUGGAGAUCGUCCUGGCCCUGCCCAUGUUCCUCAGGCUCUACCUGCUGGGCCGGGCCAUGAUGCUGCACAGCCGCCUCUUCACAGACACCGCGUCCCGGAGCAUCGGAGCGCUCAAUAAGAUACACUUCAACACCCGGUUUGUGGGGAAAACACUGAUGACCAGCUACCCAGGCACUGUGCUGAUGAUUUUCAGUGUCUCUCUCUGGAUUGUGGCAGCGUGGGGCUUACAUGUUUGUGAGAGACAUCACAACUACAGAGAUCUGAGUAGCAACUACAUGGAGGCGUUGUGGAUGGUGUCAGUCACCUUCUUGUCCAUCGGUUACGGAGAUGUGGUGCCUCACACCUACUGUGGCCGCAGCAUCUGCCUCCUCACUGGAAUAAUGGGGGCCGGCUGCACCGUCCUGGUGGUGGCGGUGGUCGCCAGGAAGCUGGAGCUGACCAGAGCAGAGAAACAUGUCCACAACUUCAUGAUGGACUCCCACAUCUCCAAGAGGAUAAAAAUUGCCGCAGCAAAUGUGCUGAGAGAGACCUGGCUUAUCUACAAACACACUAAGCUGUCAAGGGAAAGAGACCACACCAGAGUCCGCAUGCAUCAGAGGAAGCUGCUUCUGGCCAUCCACCAGCUGCGGCGAGUUAAGAUGGAGAAGAGGAUCCUCGCAGAUCAAGGCAACACACUUGUAGACCUCUGCAAGGUGAGAGAGAUGCAGAACCUGAUGUAUGACGUGCUGUCGGAGGUGCAGGGCUGCAGGGGGGAGCUGGACACACACAUCCACAGCCUGGAGAAGCACGUGGAGGAGCUGCGGGAGGGCUUCAGGAGCCUGAUGCCGCUCCUGUCCAACACCCUGUCCACGCAGAACUCCUCCAUCCGCCACCUGCUCAGGGAGAGGGAGGUGAAGACGGAGGCUGCUAGUUCUAAUGUGGACAGGUAGAGAGAGGCUGAUGGAGCGGGGAAAUAAAAGCUUCUCAAGUGCUAUGGAAGGAGUUAUUAGUCUAUAACCCUAAAACAAUCGUGUCAGGACUUUUCUCAGAGUCGGACAGAUGGGUGUUAAGUUGAAGGCUGUACUAAAGUAUGUAAAAUUGUAUUAAAUAUAAGUAGUAGGAAUUCUGUGUAGCAGAAAUACCAAAAUGUAGAAAGAAUAUUUUUUCUGAUGUUUUAGACCAACUGAUGAAAGGAAAGUUAAUUCAGUGAUAAUUGAAGUUGUUAGUCACAGCCCUUAUCAAUACGUUAACUGAACCAAAAAAAUAGCCGGCUUUGGAGGGCUGUUAGCACUCCCAUGUCAUGAACUAUCUUUACCUGUAAACACUUCACUUUUCUCAUUAUGUAGUACUUUGUAAUAAAAAUGAUGGGACUACUGACUUUG